AUGGGAGAGAGGGCUCCAAGACCAAGACUACAAGAGGUCGUGAACACCAGUGUGGGAAGAAUAAGUCCCAUCAAAGAUUACAAUAGCUCUGGUCUGGCUGACUUUGUCAGCGCUCUUCCAAGUGUAGACGAUCUUCAAGCGAACACUGAUAAACUAUUCCAGAGUAUCAGGUCGGGAGAUCACGCUGUGGUGGAGAGGUUACUGGCGGACAUGGGGCACAAAGUGGACAUAGUACCCAAGAUAGGCUGUUCACCCCUACACCACUCCAAGUUUAACCUAGCUAACAGAGAGACGGAGACAGGAGACAAUCCUCUGAUAGUGGCUGCUAGAGUGGACAGUAGGAUGGUGGAAAUUGUCUUGAACUAUGGAGGAAACCCAAACCAUGCCAACAAUGAUAGAGAAACUCCGCUGAGUGUAGCUGCGUGUAGGCUUGACAAGGAAGCUAUUGAGACACUGUUGCUGGCGGGUGCUAACCUUAGGGCGGCCGUAGUAAAGUUAACAUCACUGUUGCGAUACAAAGCAGAAAAGAACCCAGGAUGGUUACAAUGA